AUGAGUCGCCUCUCGCGCAUCUGGGCGGUUAGCGCGGUUAGUGAGUUGUUCCGCCCGCUGGCUCCGAACGGUGAAAGAAAAAAGGUGGUGUACCUUUUAAACCUAACCAAGUUGCAUGUGUACGAGCAGCUGCUCCUAGAGGAGUGCCUCUAUCGAAUGAGUAGCCCCCUCACUCAGGGGGAAAACAACGUCGGGUUUGUACUGAUCAAUGAUACAUAUUCCAAUGCGAAGGAGGAAGAAAGGGGAGGACAUGGAUCCAUCCCAUCAGAAAACAAGUGUGUCGUUUUCGGCAUCAGUGGGAAAGUGCCUAAUUUUAUAAAGGACGUCGAGUACAUUGGUAAAAAUAAAAUUGCACUGAUUAGGAGAUACACAGGAGGGGGCACCGUGUACAUUAGGAACAACUGCGUUAUGUUUAGCUUAAUCCUCCCAUUACGAUUUGAAGUGGAAAGACAAUUGUAUCCUUCAAACGUGACGGAAUGGGUGUUCAACUCAUUUUAUCAUUCCGUUUUUAACUCUCUCUCCGGGGAGGAAGAAAAAGAAAAAAAGAAAAAUCCCAACAUAUUCUCCCAUCACGAAAAUGAUUAUGUACAUAUCCGUUACGACCAUGUGCAUGAUGAGAUCACGAUGAGAAAAGUUGGCGGGAAUGCGCAAGCCUUUUCAAAAAAUUAUUUUGUCCAUCAUACGUCCUUCCUGUGGUCAUGCGAUUACGAUGAAAUGGAAAGAGUAAUAGUUAACCCGUUGAAGCAACCCCAAUACAGAAAUAGGAGAAGUCACCGAGAUUUUUUAACCUCCCUGGAGGAAUGCCUACCUGGUGCUGGACACACCCCAGUGGGGUUCAUCGGAAAAUUCGUCUCAAACAUACGACGGUUAAUUAAUCAGAAGAAUGGUCAUAAUGAUCAGAAUGGUGGCCCCUUUUGGCAAUUUAAUAAGAUCAAUUUGGGUAUCCAUCAGGACUGUCUGAUCGGAUCAGGAGGCCAGAUCUUUGAUGAGGUGCACUCGGUGGAGAUGGACAUUUGGAAGAACCUUUUCCGUUCCUUUUGCAGCAGCGAAGAGACCAAGAAUAUGCGGUCGACGCGUUUGUUGGACCCCCUCGGGGGGGUGCUAUCCGAUGAUGCGUUCUGUGGGCCCUCCUUCAUCUUGCGGUGA